AUGAAGUCCUGGCCAGCAAUAACAUCCGACUUGAUCAACACAGUCAACAAACAGCUAGCAAAGGAGGCACUCGCUACCGCUCCUGUGAUUGUUCACAAGCACAAGCCUGAGCCUAGUAUCACCCUAGCUAGGCCUGUUACUGCUGUCGCCGCCGCUGACAGCAUUGAUGUCACUGUCAUCGCAGCGGCUGACACUGAGGAAGUGUUAAAACUUCCGUGUCUCGCGACACUAAAGCUAGACGACAACCAAGUCGAUCAAGUCUUGCCUAUCACCAAUGUGCAGGCCGGAUUCGUUGCUCUCAGUAUCGACCCGGAAUAUUAUGAUACUACCAGGCUCCAGUGCGCCGUCGACACCGAGUUACCGCGGUACAACUGCCUCACCGUCUUCAUGUCCGUUGAGCACCAUAUCGCACCGUUUGCGCAAUGCAUCCUCUCGCCGUCGGUAGCCCGCAUUCCCAAGGCCGAGCAUCCAGAAAGCCCCCGAGGCCACUGUGUCAUGAUCACGUCAAUAUUCAAUGGUGUCUAUGAUGACACGCAGAUCAAUUUCCUGUUUUAUGCUGUGCUGGCCGAGUACGCCAAGCCCGGGCCUACGCUGCUCAUGGAGCUGCUGUGGAUCCGAGCUUCUGUGGAGCUCGAGCUCAUUUACGACUGGAUCCAGACCGUUAUGUACGGGGCGGGCCGUCUCGCUGGCGUCCGCGGGAGCCGGCUUGGCGAGCGUCAGCCCGUGGCGGAGCAUUACUCCCAAACGCAGCCCCCGGGUUCGCGGAGAAGCACAUUCGCAGCAAUGUCGACCAACAUGCUGAUGGUCGCCGAGGCUGCCUGGGCCAGCGUCUUGGCGCAGACCUUCUUGGACACGAUCCGCGCCAACGCCAUCGCCGGUAAGAAGCUGUUUGGCGUGAAAUUCGACACGGUUCUAACGACCGGUGCCGCUAAGCUGCACUCCGUUCACAGCGCCAAGACGCUUACUAGCCGGGAGGCCUGCUCGCUAUUGGCGGCGCACCGGAUCGAGGCCCACCCGUUCCUUCCUGCCGUGUCCGACGCUCCCUCGAACGCCCAUGGGUACCGCUUCGAUAGUAUUUUGCUGGUAGAGGCGCCAACGCUGGAAGAGGUGCACGACCCGCUGCGUCAGCUGCCGGGCUUCAACUUUGAUGAGAACCUGAUGGCGCGCUUCAGGAAGGUUAACGUUGACUUCCUUCUUACUACGAGGCUGUGGCCUAGGAGCCUUCAGUGGCAUGAGAGGGUGCUCCGUCCGCUGCGCGUAUAG